AUGUCUUCUGUGAGUACUCGGCGUGCGCCUAAGUCGCAAGGAGGGCUGGCCCGGCUGGUAUCCAAAUUCGAGAACCUGGGAGCAUCAAAGACGCCUCAAGAUAUUGGAUCAGCAGGUGAAAUCAGACACGAUCCGAUUUCCGCUUCCAAAUUUUCAGAUGCUCCGCCAGUGCAGAAAAACGCAAGAGAUCGUGUAGUCGGCUCAUCAAAAACCUUGGCAUCGCCAUCUCUGACUCCUACGAGUGCCACAAGAGACCAGUUGGAAACGCCUCUCAAGGAUAGCCAUGCUGGCACCACUGCACCUCCAUCGUCCAAAAUUGGGAAACUAAUCUCAAGGAGAGGCUUGGCAGUUGCGGACAUGAGGAGAUUGUUCGAGCGAGGAAAUGAUAAGAAUGUUACUUCAAAUGUUGCGCGAACGACUACCUAUGAACCUAAACGCGUUGCUUCACCUAUCACCACCACCGAGUGCAAUGACCCUAAAACGUUCUCCCUUGCGAAUAGCCCCAUGAAGGGAUCGUCGGCCGUAAACGAUUCGGGUACACUGGCGAAUCGGCAAGAAGAAAGAGACAUUGUUCCUGACCUGGUUGAGCAUUCCGAAUAUCUGCCACGGCCGCUCACUUCGCCCGAUCGCUUCUCUAGACCCCCAAGAGAGGACAAAGCUGCUAUCGAAGACAAUAAAAGCACUUGGCAAAGAAAUGAACCUCGAUUCAAGAUACGGGGUGGUGUAUUUUUACACAACACCCCUGUUCCGCUCCAAAAUAUGGUUGUUACAGACGUAGGGACUUGGCGCCCAAACCCUCUCGACACAUCCGAGUUGGCCUUGCACUCUGAGGACAGAAAAUUGAGAAAUGAUGACCAACAUUUGGUACAUUCUUUUGAACGAGUAAAAGGGGACGGCUCAGAGCUUUUGGAAAACUUGCAAUCUGGUGUGACUCUCUGCUAUCCAUGCCGCGACAUUGUACUGUCAUCGAUGACUUAUACUGACGGUGAUGCCAAAGAACCACGUGGACAAGGGGGCCUGCUGUUUCCCACAUCCAGAUCAUUUCCCCCUCAGCAGUCAAAGGUUUCCAAUCUCCGGAGAAAGUUUGACAGCGCGUUGCCUUCAUCAACAUCAUCAAAGCCGAUUAUUUCCCAGCAGAGCUCUGUGCGGCCGACUUCCACACAAGAUGGCACCCAGCCGCCUCGUUUCGGAACUUUGUCUGGAACCGGCCGGAAGCUCAAAGAGACGAUUGGGCUCUUUGAGUCAAUGAGCCACCAAGCCAAUAGAGAUGACAGAUUCGGGAAUAUUCCCAAGAUAUCUUCGUCUCCGACAUUCCAAAGGACUGCCGCUACGAAGGGUAAGCUUGCUAGUGACAAACUCGAGAGGGCAGCAGCCAAAUCUGAGGACGUGCCACCUCCUCCCAGACUGUUGUCACCGAUAGAAGAUCGACCUCCACGGCCAUACGCACGAUCACCAGGCGUACAUAGUGCCAGCAGCCAGGCUAGUGAUAUCAAGCCCUUGCUCUACACGACACCGUCCAUGAUCAAGACAAAGCGCCAUGAGAAACACUUUGGAUCUCUAUUUAGAUCGGGAUGGAGAAGAAAAGCGAAGUUGAGAUCUGAAGACGAUGCGGUGCAACGCCAAAGAUACAACAUCGACGGUGAGGCAGGGCUCGAUUUUGAGCAGAAAUACCACAAGCUUUCGUGCGACGAGACAUGGACGGACGGCAGCGAGGCUUCCUCUACUACGCACGAACCUAUGAUUGCGGAACGCCACCCUUCCCUUCGCCUUUUGCGUCGGCGUCUGAUGUCUCGUAGCCAUGGACUGUUUGUUUCAGAGGCUCACUGUACUCUUGAGCAGCCGCAGCCAGUGCGAAGCAAUGAGCUACGAAAUCUUCCCAGUCUUUUUAGAGAGAGGAUGGCUGUAUUGAGGGCACGGGCUCAGACGGAGUAGGAAGGGUAAUGGGAUCGUGGAGGAGCAUUAGAAGUAGAUUCCCUUAGGACUAGUCCACUACUCAAAUACGG